AUGACCUCAGAACACAACCUACAACACCUAUGGACCUCAGAACACAACCUACAACACCUAUGGACCUCAGAACACAACCACAAACAAUGCAUGGACCCUGAAACACAACCUACAACACCUAUGUAUCUCAGAACACAACCUACAACACCUAUGGACCUCAGAACACAACCUACAACACCUAUGGACCUCAGAACACAACCUACAACACCUAUGGAUCUCAGAACACAACCUACAACACCUAUAGACCUCAGAACACAGCCUACAACACCUAUGGACCUCAGAACACACCUACAACACCUAUGGACCUCAGAACACAACCUACAACACCUAUGGACCCUAGAACACAACCUACAACACCUAUGGACCUCAGAACACAACCCAACACCUAUGGACCUCAGAACACAACCUACAACACCUAUGGACCCUCAGAACACAACCUACAACACCUAUAGACCUCAGAACACAACCUACAACACCUAUGGACCCCAGAACACAACCUACAACACCUAUGGAUCUCAGAACACAACCUACAACACCUAUGGACCUCAGGAACACAAACCUACAACACCUAUGUAUCUCAGAACACAACCUACAACAACACCUAUGGACCUCAGAACACAACCUACAACACCUAUGGGACCUGGAACACAACCUACAACACCUAUGGACCUCAGAACACAACCUACAACACCUAUGGACCUCAGAACACAACCUACAACACCUAUGUAUCUCAGAACACAACCUACAACACCUAUGGACCUCGAACACAACCUCAACACCUAUGGACCUCGAACACAACCUACAACACCUGGACCUCGAACACAACUUAAAAUUUAA